AUGGCUCUGCAUCGUUUUCAAUGCCUGGAGAAACGUAUGGUCAAGGACAAAGCACUCGCCGAAACUCUGACUCAAAAAAUAGCUGAUCACUUGAGUAAAGGCUAUAUUCGGAAACUGACAGAGAAUGAGCUACAGCAGUCGUACCAGCGUACAUGGUAUCUUCCAGUAUUCCCGGUCACGAAUCCGAACAAACCCGGGAAGGUGAGAAUGGUGUGGGACGCAGCAGCCAAGGUACACGGAGUCUCUCUCAAUUCGGCACUGCUCAAAGGCCCCGACCUACUGUCCUCGCUGUACACCGUGUUGAUCCGCUUUCGUGAGAGCCCUAUUGCCUUGACUGGUGACAUCAGGGAAAUGUUUCACCAGGUUAUGAUUCGGGAACCGGACCAGCAGUGCCAACGCUUUUACUGGAGGGAUGAAAAUGGGCAGCUUGCGGUCUUCGUGAUGAGAGUUAUGACUUUUGGCGCUUGUUGCUCUCCGAGUUGUGCCCAGUAUGUGAUGAACAUGAAUGCAGAUCGCUUCGCGCAGAUAUAUCCGGCAGCCACAGAAGUCAUUAAAAAACAGCAUUAUGUAGACGAUAUGUUAGUGAGCGUCGACACCGAAGAAAAGGCGAUCAAACUUGCACAGGACGUAGCAUUCGUGCACUCGCAAGGCGGAUUUGAAAUCCGCAAUUGGGCCAGCAACUCUCAAAGUGUCUUGAAAGCAUUGCAGGAGAACAACACCACCGACAAGAAUUUGGACCUUUCGCCAGAAAUUGCCACGGAAAAGGUGCUGGGCAUGUGGUGGUGUACCGAAGCAGAUGUUUUUACCUUUAAGGUCGGUUGGGAUCGCUACGACCGUGACCUAUUAGAAGGUCAUCGUCGGCCAACGAAGAGAGAAGUACUGCGAGUUCUGAUGACGAUAUUCGACCCUCUUGGGCUUAUCGCUCCGUUUCUCGUCUAUUUGAAGAUUCUGUUGCAAGAAGUUUGGCGCUCCGGAAUUCAAUGGGACGAUAAGGUUGACGACAACAUUCUCACAAAAUGGCGAAUCUGGCUGAGAGGACUGCCUCAAGUCGAACAAGUACAGAUUCCGCGAUGCUUGCGCUCAAACUUCACCCGCGACUACGAACAUGUCCAAUUACACACAUUCGUGGACGCGAGUGAGAACGCGAUGGCCGCUGCUUGCUACUUGCGUUUCGUACAGAACGGAGUCGUCCGAUCCUCCCUCGUCGCCGCCAAAACUAGAGUCGCACCGCUGAGAUACCAUACGAUUCCGAGACUAGAGUGUCAAUCUGCAGUCAUCGGUGUGAGACUCGCUCGGUCGAUCGUCGACUCAUUGUCCUUUCCCGUAGAUAAGCUCUUCUACCACACGGAUUCCAGAGACGUGAUUUGCUGGUUGAACUCCGACCAUCGCCGAUAUUCCCCAUUCAUCGCAUCUCGGGUGAGUGAGAUUUUGGAAGCUACAGAGGUGAAUCAAUGGCGCUGGGUCCCGACCAAACUUAAUGUCGCAGAUGAUGCUACAAAAUGGGAGAAAUCGCCAGACAUGACCCCCAGUUCGAGAUGGUACAACGGCCCGGAAUUUCUCUGGCUACCGGAAGAAGCUUGGCCACAUCAAUUGGUGAAGGGAAGCAAAACCGACACUGAACUCCGUCCGAGUCUGCUAGUUCACUUAAUAAAGCCAGACACUUCAAUAAAGGUCUCCAGUUGGAAGCGGAUGAUUAACGUUGCCAUUGUUGUUCAUCGUUUCCCAGCAAACUGUCGCCUGAGGAACCAGAAUAGGCCCAUCGUAUGUGGACCCCCUACAUCGGAAGAAUUGCUGGUCGCUGAACGUUACGUGAUACGCCAAGCUCAACGAGAAGCCUAUCCAGACGAAGUAUCCAUCCUUCUGAAACCGAGUGGGGUAUCCAAUUCGUCCGUGCUAAAAGCCAGCUCCCUGUAUAAAUUAUCACCCUGGUUGGACGAACAUGGUCUGAUGAGAAUGCGUGGUCGAAUAAGCGCCUGUGCGUUGGCUACUGAAGACGCCAAGAAUCCAAUCAUUUUACCCCGUAACCAUCACACGACUACGCUCAUAAUUGCACACUACCACAACAAAUAUCAUCACCAAAACCACGAGACAGUUAUGAACGAAUUGCGGCAAAGAUUCCGGAUUCCCCGACUACGUACCGCUUACGCAAAAGUGCGCAAAGACUGCCAACGUUGCAAAAACAACCGCUCAAUUCCGCAGCCACCAACGAUGGCUGAUCUCCCGUAUGAAAGACUCGAUGUUUUUGCUCGUCCAUUCACGCAUGCAGGCAUUGAUUACUUCGGACCGCUGGAAGUAGUUGUAGGUCGCAGGGUGGAGAAACGUUGGGGUAUGUUAGUCACGUGCAUGACUACUCGGGCGAUCCACAUUGAGAUCGUACACACGCUUAAUACUGACUCGUGUAUCAUGGGUCUCCGCAACUUUGCAGCUCGCCGAGGAACUCCAAGAACAAUCAACAGUGAUCGUGGAACCUGUUUCAUCGGGGCGAAUCGAGAGUUGCAGGAAGCAGCAAAGCAGGUCAAUAUGGAAGACGUUAUGAAAGAGUUCAACAGUGCAGAGACCAGCUGGAAGUUUAACCCUCCUUUGUCGCCGCAUAUGGGCGGCAGUUGGGAGCGUCUAAUCGGAGUAGUGAAGCGGAAUCUGAUGUCGAUUUGUCCAUCGAGGAAGCCCAACGACGAAAUACUCCGGAAUCUACUGACCGAGAUCGAGAACACCGUGAACUCACGGCCGCUGACCCAUGUUCCGGUAGACGACGAAUCUGCUCCUGCUCUCACACCGAAUCACUUCCUCCUAGGAUCUUCUGAUGGUACAAAACCGCUGUGUACCUUCAACGAUAGCGGUGAUGUGUUGCGGAGGACUUGGCGAACAUCACAGGUGUUGGCGAACCAAUUUUGGAAACGUUGGUUGAGCGAUUACUUACCAGAGAUCACCCGUAGGACAAAGUGGUAUGUCGACACAAAACCAAUCGAAGUUGGUGACGUAGUAGUAAUUGCCGACCCCAAUCUACCUCGAAACUGCUGGCCCAAAGGGAAGAUUAUCGGUACUAAUAUCAGUAAGGACGGCAAAAUCAGAGCAGCGACUGUAAAAACUGCGAAUGGUGUCUACGAGCGCCCGGUGGUCAAGCUGGCUGUGUUAGACGUACGGCGCGAUCAGUUGUAA